GAACAAACAAUUUUCAAAAUUUUUUUAAAUACUAUUAAUCAAUCUUGUUAAAGACAGUUAAUCCUUUUGUGAUUUUGAAUAAUAGUAUCGUUAAAAAUGGCCAAGAUCAGUCAAGACGUUUCAUCUUCCCGUUCUAAAGCUAGAAAGGCUUACUUCACCUCUUCUUCUGCUGAAAGAAGAGCCUUAUUAUCAGCCCCAUUAUCUAAAGAAUUAAGACAACAAUACAACAUCAAAUCUUUACCAAUCAGAAAAGAUGACCAAGUUUUAGUUGUUAGAGGUGCUAAGAAGGGUUCUGAAGGUAAGAUCUCUUCUGUCUACAGAUUAAAAUUCGCUGUUCAAGUUGAAAAAGUACAAAAGGAAAAGUCUAACGGUGCUUCUGUUCCAAUUAACAUUCACCCAUCUAAGGUUGUUAUCACCAAAUUACACUUAGACAAAGACAGAAAGGCUUUAAUUGAAAGAAAGGGUGGUAAGCUCGAAUAAAUGUAAUGUAAAUUAUUAGUUUAGCCCUAUUUCAUUCAUCCCCGUAUCAUAAUUUUAAUCUCAAAAUAUACAUACAUAUAUAUAUAUAUAUUUAGGAUAAAGUAAUAAAUAUCCAUUAAAGGUAUUCUUUUAUGUCGCAUUUU